CCACAAUCCCUCUCCACCGGAAGUAGCGAGCAGGUGAAGGCCGGGGAAACGGUCCACCCAUUACCAUCGGGAGAACAUGGAUUGCUGCUAAAUUGUGGAUAUAUACGAUUACAGCCAGAGUCGCGCUGAGCCUGUCAGUUCAUGUACCACAAGAUGGGAGGCUGGAGUGUGUUUGUGACCUGCUGCGUUUGGGCGAUUCUUCUCGUGGCUCUGUUUGGAGAUUCACUGGCAUCUGCGCCUGAGUUUGAUCCCUACAAAGUUCUGGGAGUGUCCAGACAUGCCAGCCAGGCUGAAAUCAAGAAAGUCUACAAGAGGCUCGCAAGAGAAUGGCAUCCAGACAAGAACAAAAGUCCAGGGGCAGAGGACAUGUUUAUCAAGAUCACUAAAUCAUAUGAGAUUCUGUCCAAUGAGGAGAGAAGGGCAAACUAUGACCGUUUUGGUCAAAUGGACGAGAAUCAGAACUUUGCUCGAGCUCCGCAGGGCUUCAGACAUUAUCAUGACAGCUUCUACUUCGAUGAAUCUUUCUUUCACUUCCCUCGGACGAGUCGCGAUUUCACCGACAGCAAGCACCUCCUUCACUACAACCAAUACAUGAACGAGGUGCUGCCGGAUAGUUUCAAGAGGCCUUACCUGAUCAAGAUCACGUCAGAGUGGUGCUUCACCUGCAUCCAUAUUGAGCCCAUAUGGAAGGACACUGUGCUAGAGCUGGAGCCACUGGGGAUUGGUAUUGGAGUGGUGGACAUCGGAUAUGAGAGACAGCUGGCUAAUCAUCUCGGUGCCCACCGCACACCUUCCAUACUCGGUUUAAUCAAUGGCAAAGUCACGUUCUUCCACUACGCGGUGGUCAGGGAACACUUGAGGCAGUUUGUGGAAAGCCUUCUGCCUCAGAAGCUGGUUGAGAAGGUGACGGAUAGCAGCUACCUCGAGUAUUUGAACAGUUGGCAUGAGGAGAAUAAGCCAAGAGUGCUAAUGUUUGAUGUAGCAUCUAAUAUCCCUCUUUUGUAUAAGCUCACCGCGUUUGCCUAUAAAGACUAUGUGAGGUUCGGCUAUGUGGACAUGGGCCUGACUGAGACCUCCGAAGUCGUGCAGAGGUUCAACAUCAACACGUACGCUCCCACAAUGCUCCUGUUCAAAGAGAACACAGACAAACCAGCUGACGUUAUACAGGCAAGAGGGAUGAAAAAGCAGAUACUUGAUGAGUUUGUGUCCAAUAAUCGUUUUCUCCUGGUGCCGCGGCUGGUGAAUCAGAAACUCUUCGACGAGCUGUGUCCGGUUAAACAGUUCCACCGUCGGAGGAAGUACUGCGUUCUUCUCGUUACCGGUGAAGGGGAGCAGUUUGUGUCUGUGAAUGAGGCCUUCUUUGACUUUGCUUCCUCUAAUACUAAAGAAGUUCUUAGGUUUGCUUAUGUUUAUCAGAGACAGCAGCAGCCUCUCUGUGACACCCUGCUCAAAAAGGACGACACAACCCCUCCACAGGUGAUUCUCCUGGAGAGACGCAGCGCUACAGGACGGGUGUUGUAUCGGACAGUGACGGGUGGAUGGAACGGGAGUGACGAUGAUAAGCACCGCCUCCAUGAGCAGCUUGAGAUUCUGCAAAGAGACCCCUCCUACCUUACCCACGAUGCCAUGCUGCCUGAACUCAACAAUGAGUUUGCCUCUAUGUUUCUGAUUCAGUGGAUGAACACUGCAUAUGAUUACCUCGCUCAGUUUUACUUUGAUCUUCUCUACUCUAAUUGGCGUGAGAUGAUGCCUGUCCUGUCUCUGAUCUUCUCAGCUCUUUUCAUCCUGUUUGGGACUGUAAUCAUUCAGGCCUUCAGUGACGCUGGGGAAGACAAACCAGCCAAACAAAAGGCCACUGAUUCACCAAAGACAGCAGAGAGCUCUCCAGGACAAGAGAGCACUUCGAGUCGUCCGCCUAAGAAGAAUUUCGUGGAGGUGACGGAGCUGACGGACAUCACCUACAUGAGUAACCUAGUCAGGUUAAAGCCUGGUCACAUCAACGUUGUGCUGAUCCUCACUGAUGCUUCUAAGCAAGUGCUGCUCAGGAAGUUUGCCAAAGAAGUAUAUUCGUUCUCAGGGUCUCAGACUCUUCACUACUCGUUUUUAAAUGUGGACAAGCACAGCCAAUGGAUGGAUUCCCUCAUGGAGGCAGCACCUGACGCCAGACCGUCAGACUGCUUGGAUGAAGAGGAAGAAGAGGAGGAGUCCACCUCCAACAAAUCAGACUACACAGGCCACGUCCUGGCGCUCAACGGCCACAAGAAGUACUUCUGCAUAUUCAGACCCGUCUUCACAGGGGAGGAAGCCGAAUGUAGUAGGUGGUCCGACGAGGAUGCGGCGAGCAAAGCCUCGAGGUCCCGGUCAAGUUCCAGACAGAAGGCCACCACUCUGGAGAUCCACCACAAACUGGACCGACUGGGUCUGUGGAUGGAGAGGCUUAUGGAGGGAACUCUGCCGCGGCACUACGUUUCGUCCUGGCCCGGUCUGGACACCAUAACGCCGCAGAAAUAAGACUCACCUUUGUCCUCGGGCCCAUUGCUGGAGGCGUGCUGUAGUGACGUGAAAGAUCGUUUCGAUCCUUACUUUAAAACAUAUUAAGUUAUUCUGUAAAACGCACUGGUGAUGAGUAGAGUUUUCUUUAUUUAGGAGCACCAUGUGCU